UCGCACCGCGCAUCACUUCAUUCCUCGCUCGCAUUUUGCUUGACGUACGCGUCACGUGUGUGUAAACAAGUGUUCGUGUUUAGUGAUUAUCACGAUGAAAGCCAUAACGGCAGUGUGCGCAACCGGAGCGUCCGUCCCGGCUAUCGCCGGCGGUCGGGUACAGAGGCACAGGGAUGGAGAGAACGCUGAAAUUCAGAUGUAUCUCUCGAAACUUCAGGAUCUUGUACCCUUCAUGCCAAAAAACAGGCGGAUUUCGAAGCUGGAAGUAAUUCAACAUGUCAUCGACUAUAUUUGUGACUUGCAAUCUGCUCUGGAAAACCACCCCGCGGUGGGUCAAUUUGAGGCGGAGGCAGCGUUAGCGCCUGCGUGCUCAUCUCCCCCGAGGCCUCGCCGCCGUCCGCUCGGACCCAGACCUGCCCCAAAUACCAUUCUUCCCGCUGAAAAAUCCCCUGUAUCAUCAUCAACACAUCACAUUAGUCAUACGACUCCAGACAAACAAGAGCAACUGGACAGGCCGAUGUGUUAAGAUUAAGAUUUAGGUUAAGGAAAAUAAUUUAUAAAGAAGAGAAUAUUAUACGUGAAAGUGCACGAUAUGCGCUUCAGAGGUGUGCUUGGGGAUCAGGAGACCCUCAGGCGGAGCGCCUCUAGCAUCAGUUCCAGUGAAAAUCAUCUCGCGAUGACAUCCUAAGUUCGAUCUCGUUAUGAUCAAUAAUCUAUAUAACUUAAUUUCGUGGCAUUACGCAGAAGACUAGAAGACUUAGCAUUGCAAUGCAAUCAAUCGCCGUGGCGCCUCGCUGCGCCGAUGCGAUUUGUUUUGUUAUAAUGUUUUAUGUAAAAAGCUUUACUAGUUAUUAACCUAGGCGGGUGUUCGUGAACACAUUUGUAAAUAAUGUUAUGUUGAGUUGUUUACGACAUGUAUAUUGUAAGUCACUUUCAUAUUCGGUAUUAAUGUUCAGAUGCAGCACGAUAAAUUCGUACAAAGUCUAUAGUGUAAAAUUUUCUGCAUGCUUAUUUCGUACUUUUAAGUUUAAAACGAUGCUUCCAUUUAUAUCAAAGAUGUAAAUCGAUUUUAAGUUGAUUUACCUAUAUUAUUUUAUUUUAAGUUAAAAAUUCUUGAGUGUGAUUAUGCAUGGCGAUUUUGUUGCUAAAUAGUUUAUGGGUUUAUUAUUGGUUAUUGUACAAAACGCAAAAAAAUCUAUUAUUAAUUUAUAAAUAUGCGUGUUGUACAGACUAAUAUGUAAAUAGUGUAUGUAAAAAAAUAUAUGAAAAAUUAGCAAAAAUUAUAAAAUUGGAGACCUUUUAUGAUUUUAUUUGAAUAUAAGGUGAAAAUGCUUUAAUUAUCUUAAAUAAUUUACUUAUGGUGUAUUAUGAUUUACAUAGACUGUUAUAGUUUUAGUUAUUAUGGGUAUGUUUGCUAUCGGUCAAACAAUAUUGUUAAAGAAUAUCAAUUAUGUAUGUGAUACUCUUCUGUAUGGCUGACAUGCGCUAACGAGAUACACUUAUAUGAAACAUUCUUGCUGUAGUUUCUUCUACGUAAAUUAAAACCUAUAAAAUAUAUAUCAAAAGGUAUAUUAAGUGGAUCAUUUAGCGACUGUCAGCACACAUUCGGAGCCAGUAUGUACUGUUUGGCUUAUAUAUCUGCGUCACAAACAUAUUAUGUACCGUUUUCAACUGUUUUGUCAAUUUCCAUGUUUCUUUUAUAUCUCGCACUGAUUUUUGUGUAAUUACCUGCAAACAAA